CUCCAAAGAGCAACAGCAGUUUCUGCAUCAGGGUUAUCAUGAGGAGUAAAUGAAAUUAUAUACAUAGAAGCUCUACUCUCCAGCCGGUAGAAGCACUUAAUAAAUGCCGAUGCAAGCAGAGGCCACCAAAAGAAAACACCAAGCAUCCAGUGAGGCUCCCCCAGCGAAACGGAGGAAUGAGACAUCAUUUCUCCCAGCCAAGAAAGCUGCUGCUAAAGAAACACAAAGGACUUUUAAGGGGAAGGCACAGAAAACGUUUUCUCCGAAGAAAUCUUUGGUUGGUGUGACUGAUGGAAACCGAGAACAGAAACUGUGCAUUAGGACUUCAUCAUUAUUUAAAAAUAAUCCUGAAAUUCCAGAGCUCCACAGACCUGUAGUAAAGCAGGUACAAGAAAAGGUGUUUACUUCAGAUGCUUUUCAUGAACUGGACCUCCACCCACAUUUAAUUUCUACAAUAAAUACGGUUUUAAACAUGACUAGUAUGACCAGUGUUCAGAAGCAAAGUAUUCCUGCAUUGCUGGAAGGCAGAGAUGCUCUGGUGAGAUCGCAGACAGGCUCAGGUAAAACCCUCGCCUACUGCAUCCCUGUGGUCCAGUCUCUCCAAGCAAUGAAACCGAAAAUACAGCGCAGUGACGGCCCCUAUGCCCUGGUACUAGUGCCAACGAGAGAGCUGGCUUUGCAAAGCUUUGACACUGUCCAGAAACUGCUUAAGCCCUUUACCUGGAUUGUGCCCGGAGUGUUGAUGGGAGGAGAGAAGAGGAAGUCAGAAAAGGCCAGACUCCGCAAAGGAAUAAAUAUCCUUAUCUCGACUCCUGGGCGACUAGUGGAUCAUAUAAAAUCCACGAAGAACAUUCAUUUUUGUCGAAUACGGUGGCUGAUUUUGGAUGAAGCAGACAGAAUCUUGGAUUUGGGUUUUGAAAAGGAUAUCACUGUGAUACUCAAUGCUCUCAACGCCGAGUGCCAGAAACGACAGAAUGUCUUGCUGUCAGCAACACUCACAGAAGGUGUGACAUGGCUCGCUGGUAUCAGCUUGCUCAGUCCAGUUAGGAUUUCUGUCCUGGACGAACACCAUGGGCAGUCUGACCUAAAGGGCAGAGCGGUUCCUGAGGCCUCCCCUCUUCCAGCUUGUGGUGAGCUGGACAGCUUUGCAAUUCCUGAGAGUCUCGAUCAGCAUGUGACAUUAGUUCCCAGCAAACUGAGACUUGUCACCCUGGCAGCCUUCAUCCUACAGAAGUGCAAGUUUGAAAAAGACCAGAAGAUGCUCGUUUUUUUCUCAAGUUGUGAGCUGGUGGAGUUCCACUACCACCUCUUCCUCCAGACCCUGCCGAGCUGCUCAGGGACCCUGGCGUCAGGACGGCCACCAUCUGCCUCCACACAAUUAAAAUUCCUGCGACUGCACGGCAACAUGGCGCAGGAGGAAAGAACAGCAGUGUUUCAAGAAUUCUCACAUUGUGAAACAGGCAUCCUUCUGUGCACGGAUGUUGCAGCUCGGGGCUUAGACCUCCCUCAAGUCACGUGGAUUGUUCAGUACAACGCGCCGUCUUCACCUGCUGAAUACAUCCACCGGAUCGGGAGAACCGCCCGGAUUGGCUGCCAUGGGAGCAGCCUGCUCAUUUUGGCUCCUUCGGAGGCAGAAUAUGUCAACUCGUUGGCUUCUCACAAAAUCAACAUUUCUGAGAUUAAGAUGGAAGAUAUUUUGUCUGUUCUGACAAGGGAUGAUUGUUUUAAAAGGAGCCGAUGGGGAAGCCAGAUUCGGACAAUUCCAGAGUAUCCCCAGUGGACCUUCAUUUUGAACGUGAGUGACAAGAGGCUAGGAAGACAAAAAUCCCGAGCCUCUGGCCCCCAGGAAAUCCGAGAGCGAGCCACAGUCUUGCAGACGGUAUUUGAAGAUUAUGUGCACUCCAAUGAGAGGAGGGUCUCCUGGGCGAAGAAAGCUCUACAGGCCUUCAUCCGAGCCUAUGCAACCUACCCCCGGGAGCUGAAGCACAUCUUUCAUGUCCGAUCGCUCCACCUUGGUCACGUGGCUAAAAGCUUCGGGCUGAGAGAUGCCCCCCAAAAGCUUAGUGUCACAGCUGUGAAGAGAAGGAAAGCAAACCUGAACAGGCCUGACCUUCAUAAGAAGAGCCACAGUACACACCACCGCCUUGCUGAAAUCUUGCGUUCCGAAUACUCAAGUGGGAUGGAGGCCGGCAUCGCCAAGGUCGAAAAGCAAAACAAACAUGCAGAGCCCGGCAGCCAGCCACGCAUCGCCGUCUGUAGCCGGUGCCCAGCCUUGGCCGUGGGAAAAACUAAGAAACACUUUCCAUGAAGCAGAAAAACCCUAAAAGACUUAUCAGGGUUCAACAAGACUUCUCAAAAAAGUUUGCAUUGUUGUUGUUUUUUAAACUCUGCCUCCACAGGCCUGGGGCUUGGGGGGAUCCUGGAGGCCCCAGAGGUCAGGGCUGACUGCCCGUCCUUGCCAGGAGCCUUGUGGGAAAUAAUGGUGCCACUUUUCCCUGUAGAUACAUGUCCCUGACCCAGAGAAGCCACAGCCCUUGUCCCAGCAUCUCAGCAGGGCAGGGGUCAGCGUCAUGUAGACGAACCAGUUAAUGCUUACCUUCUGUGAGAUAGCUCAUACUUGUACUCUUUUCACCAGCACUACACACUCAUCUUGGCCUGCAGCUUGCAUGGUGCCCCCUCAACCUCGGGCGAGGGCCUGGUGCAGCAAGCAGCUGCAGGGAGGCCUCUUCCUGCCUCGGGACAGGGUUCUGAAUGAGUCUCCCGAGUUUUACGUUAGCUGCCCUGUAUCAGCACACGGACUACAAUGCAUUUUGUAAAAUAGGAUUUUAAAAACUGGGAUGCGGUGUGUGAAAGCGAGAAAAAAAAAAUCAGCUUCUUUCCUUGAUAUGCAAGUGCUUUGUGUAAAAGGACCAGCAGCUUUGGGUGUGGGUUGGAAGGCUCCCAGUCCCGUGUACAGGCUGCUCCAAACCCCACGUCGCAUUCCUGAGCGUGGCUUCCUUUUUCAUGUCCACGGGAAACUUCUGUCACGGCUGAUGGAUGUACUGAUGCCUUUUUUAUUUCUUCUUUCUUCUUUUUUUUUUUUUUUUUUACUGUGGCCCUUUGAUUAUUUGCCUUUGAAGUCCAAAGGUACUGGUCUCCUACUCUUCUCCCAUCAAAUCCCACCUUGUCCUCAAGUCUGGGGUCUGGGGUCCUUUGUAGUGUGGCCCAGUCCUCAGCCACCCCUCCCGCUCUGUGAUUCUUGGGAGGUUUGAAAGGGGGGCCUACCAAUUUCCCAGUAAGUGUCAGAUUUGGAGACUCUAGAGAGGUUGGAAGGAGCCAGGCCAGAGCUCAGCACCUCUCUGUCUGCAGGUGCUCUGUUGUGUCCACCUUCUCCUGUUCUCUUUGCCUUCCUCCUCCUCCUCCAGGUCCUGCAGCGAGUGCUGGGGCCCCACUUUAGUAAAACCUUCCAGAUCCUGGAACUAAGUGGCCAGGAGAGGAUUGUAAGAAUUGCAAGGUGGGCCGUCUGCCGGGUCCACAGAGGGGUUGGCGUCCUUGCCUCUGUCCCUCUCUGGUAGCCAGGGUAGCGGCAGUCAGCUGACACCCACACCAGAGGACCCAGGGAGAGGGCCAGUGUGAACCCAGUGAGCACAGAUCCUCCACAGGAGGGAAGAUGGGGCCUCCUUACGUUGGCUGUUACAUAGGAAUUAGCAGGGAUGCUUGGUGCAGUUUCUAACAUUAAGAAUCCUCAUCCUCAAAAAAAAAAAAAAAGAAGAAGAAUCAUCAUCCUCAAGCCCCCACAGAUGUCAAGCUGACCUGGGGAACCCUGCCAUCUUUACUGCAGUGUGUAAUGGCUCACAAGAUUUGGAUGAGAAAAGGAGGCAUCAAACUUUAGAGACAAAACCCAGCUGUGUGAGAAACAGGAUUAAUGCCGGUGAUUGGGGAGGAUCAAAGAAGCCCUGCUUCCCCCCCACCCCCUGCCAACCCCGACCCCCUCGUGUGCUCAUUCCUCAAGCGGUCCAAUCCGGGUUCUGCGUUCCUGGGGAAGGAGUGCUGGAACCUGCGGUGUGUGUAAAGGACUGUGAUUCUGAGGUGGGACUUGUCCUUAUCUGCUAACACUUAGGUGAGAGUUUCUUGCCAUGGAUGCUUUGUGGACCUGUUUCUAGGCAGAAUCAAUUUAUUACCCCCAGUUAAUAAAGAAACAUGGAUUUAACAGAUUUAGGGUUAAUAUUAUCUAAAUUUAAAUAACCUUAAAAUAAAUCUCUUUCUCCCA